UUACGAGCUCGUGGACGAUAUCGAGCCUACGACAAGACCUACUUUGGUGAUUAUUUCUCGGCAAGUCACGUGCUUGAGAUCGAUAGACUGACAACUGUUGACCUAGGAACGUACAAAGUGAUGGUUCGAGUUCUUGCUACUGGAGCAUGGAGCGAGGCUAUUAUAGAGUUACGGCAUGAAGGUGAGGCUAUUGAGUAGAGACCAAUUUCCAUCUGUAGUUAUUAUAUUAAGAAUUUGUAAUGGUAAUAUGACUGAGUGGCGUCCAACUCGGUCUUUACUCAUACGAGCGAUUAACAAACGGGGGAGUCCGAUUUUUUUUUUAUUAUCACGAGGAUGAUUACAAACCGGAGUUUUGUUUCCAAUUAAUCAUAACUUUAACAAAAUUUGUGAUAUAUAAGGCUCUUUCUGUCAAUUAAAACACAAGAAAUUCCAAGAUUUUUUUGCUAGCAGUGAAAAAAAAAUUCAUUUAAGCGUGCGCGUGAUGGCGCGUACUGUCCAGUCAGACUUAGGCAUGACGCGUGCAGUCUAUUAACGCUGAAAUCAGGGCAGUUGAUAGCCAAUCAGAUUUAAGAAUUUUGUUAUAGUUAUGAUUAUGAAUUAAAUAGAACGGCCAGGCUUGUGAGAUCAAGUCCGAUUUGCUUAAUUGAAGGGUAUGAUUACAGGCAGGACUCCAUGAGCGACACUUAACACACUGAUAAUUUAUCAGCAGUUUAAAGGACUUGAGUUUUUAUUGCCUUAAAGAAAGAAAAAAAAUCCUUUCAAGGCGUAUCCGCCCUGGUGUGCAAUAACCUCUGCUCGUAAUGCUUUGGCCAGGCAUUGUUCCAGUGUUAUUUUUUUAAACCGGAUACCGGGAUCGGAUUUCAGUGAACAUUUGAAUAAGAGUGAAGAGGGAGAAAGUAUUGGACUCGGAUUUUUGUGAACUUCAACGGUCCAGUUAUAAUAGGUCUUUUGCAUGAGUUAACCACGUGAUCAACUUUCGGGCAAACACGAAAACAGUUUGCUUUUGAAAAAAAAAUUUUGUUCGCACGAACUGAAAGAGCAUAUUAAAAUUUGGUAACCUGUAAAUUUUCAGGCUUAUAUCUAAAAAAUAGCGAUUGCAAAGGCAAACGGCAGAUUCAGGUUGAGAAUUUCCAAAAAUAGCAAAUGAUCAGACAAAAACAGUUUAAAACAAUUCUUAUGCAUGAAAAUAGCGUGAAACUACUAGAAUUAAUGAACAGUCCAAGAUAUGUAAAGCUAAAACUUGGUCGCGUAGUACAAAUUCAAGUUUGCCGUCUGUCAUAAACGUGAAUCUUAAGUAGCCAACCUCAAAAACACCUGAAUAGACAACGCCGAAUGAACAUACAAUGGAUACAACUUCUUCUAGUUCUUGUUCAUUUAAUUCAAAGGUAGUAACCAUUUUGUUAAAUUUCAUAACCUAUAGAAAACUCAUCAUUCACAAAAAUGGUGGUGGAUCACGAUAACUAUGUUUUAAUAAUUUGAAAGGAAAAUAUUGACGACAGUUUCUUAAAUAUUGCAGAGGAACCUCGAAUUUCUCUUCCUGAAACGUUUGGUGCAUGCGCAAAAGCGCCUACAGAAGUAAAAGUCACAAUGAAGGAGAAAAACUUCCGGGAUCCAAAUACGUGGAAAGUAAAUUGGUAUCAUUGGCACCGUUGGUAUGGAGGGUGGAAACGAUCGCCUACUGCUCAAGGAUCUACUACUUUAAGAGUGCCAAAACCCCUCUUACGACAAACUGGAGAGUGGUAUGAGGUGGAAGUGAGGAACCAGUUUGGUUUCGCUAAAGGUGUUUCUAAGAUCAUAGUUAUUGAAGGUAAGUUGUCUUUUGUAUUAUGGUACGCUUUGAGAAUUUAUUUGACUGAAUUAAAAAACCAAAGCAUGCUAAAAGGAAGACAAUUCGAUUUUUGAGUUGGUUUUCUGGUUUGUGGAAUUUCUUUUCAAUGAAAGACGCCUAACUGAUGUGCUAGUUUUGUUCUUUGACUUUCUUUGGGGUAUCCGAGUUUUAGCUUUUCUUCUCGUACUAUGGAUCAAUGAAGGUAGAUAUAUAAUAUUUUUAUAUAUUUUAAAGGCAGUUCUAAGGCAUUUGUAACCCACAUAGAUAGUGGUAUUUAAUGAAGAAUGAUCCAUAGAUCGUUUAAUGAAUGCUACUGCGUAUCGUAUAGACAAUUAUUAAAAAUACAGCAAGUUUCUAUACUUUGUAAUUUCAGGAUAUUUAAGUGAAUUAAUUUCGCCUAUGGGCUCCUUAAAAUCAACUGUACAGUUUUUUCCCGAGCAAAGGUUGUCUAAUAACGACGAAUUUAUAGCUGCAGAUCUCGUUAUUCCCUUACAAUCGUGUUUCACAAAACAAAACUUGAUACUGCGCUUGCUGUUACUGCUAUUAUUUAAGUAGAGCUCAGUUUUUUUCACGAGCGCGAAGUGCGAGCGUUAGAUUUUUUAUGUUUUCUGCGGCAAAAGCCAGCGAGAGAGCGGAAGCUAGCGCUGAGGGCAACCACCGGAACCGGAAAUGAGAAGCGAAGGACUUUGAGAAAGUCUAUCAUUUGUUUUAUUGUAACGUCUUCAUACUAACGUCAUGUAGCAAUUACAUUUUAGAUGUCCCUACCAUAACCUGGAUUACGCCAUCACUCCACUUUGCAGCUAAGGAUGUGAGCGACGUUUUGGAGGUGAAAAUCGAAAAUGACAAAACCUUGGUGAGAGUUGAUUGGUACCACAAUGGCACGCUCAUUGAAAGGACUACAGAAGGCUUCACAUUUCCUGGUAAAACGGUUAUCGACAUAAGAUACUAA